CAAUUUGUGAUUAAUGAAGGUCGGUAUUUGACUUUCAAAUGUUGCGAGGAACUAUUAAAUAGGUAGGAAGAACGCAGGAAUCGGGUGAAUCUGUCCGUAUGUAUCGACCACAACAACACUUCCGCAAAGAAAGAUGAGAAAAAAGCAAGAAAAAUGACAUUCAAUUUGUCCAACCAUACGACCAACGAGCCGAGCGGCGAUGGGCAAAGACUAGGUGAUAUUCUGGAAGGAGUUUUAAUUACCAUUCUAGCUGUAGUGGCCUUUAUUGGAAACGGGAUAAUAAUUUUCGUGAUUUAUAAGAACAGAAAUCUGAGAGCAUUAAGAAAUCUGUUCAUUGCGAGUUUGGCCUUCUCGGAUCUCAGUCUAGCAGCCACGGACAUUCUCUAUCAGGCUAUCGGSAAACUCGUGCCGAACUACAAGCCACCGCACUUUUCAAUCUGUUAUUUUAUUCUUCUAUGUGGAGUGUUGUUUGGUGCGGCCUCAGUUUUUAAUCUUACAGCAAUGACGAUCAAUAGAUACAUCGCCAUUAUAUACCCUCUUCACUAUAGCCAAUACGUAACGCCGAGACGUUCAGCYUUGAUUUUGCUUCUUCUGUGGCUCGCAGCUCUUUGCUUAGCAGUUCCUCCAUUAUUGUGGCGUCCAGUUGAUGUAGUUUGCUUCAGUACAACCCCCUCAGGAGAGCAUUUGAUCAACGAAAUCGCUUACAUGACUGCGGAGUGGGUUUUUUGGUUUGUUAUCCCGGGAAUAAUUAUUUCGCUCUCUUACAUUCGCAUCUAUCGUAUUGCAAAGAGCCAAGCAAGGCAAAUAGCCGCCAUGGAGCACUCACAAAGRCAUGCUGCCCAAGGAGUACAAACACGUGAACGCUCUAUGAACUCAAAAAUGAGGAUUUCCACGUACAAAGAACGAAAAGCAGGUCGAAUGGUUUCGAUUUUGAUUGGUUUUUGGCUGUUUUGCUGGCUUCCUUUUUUUGUUGUUUUAACGAUUCAYAAAUUCCACAUCGGGCCAGGCGUUCCUCCGAUCGUCAUGAGUAUGUUCUUGACUUUAAUGUUUAUCAACUCAGCCGUGAAUCCUAUUCUACUGACAACUUACAAUCGAGAAAUGAAAAUGGCACUGAAACAUCUCUACCGUAAACCGUCUCGAAAUCACAAUGGCGCCAUGAGCAGCACCGAGGUUGAACUAACGAGCGUGCGGCGAAUGACGCAUGCCAACGUUCAUCAAGCUAACGGCGGCCAAAGAACAAUAMGUAGACCUUCAACGGACGAAUAAACGUUUUCAGUGCGUCAUUACGUAACCAUCUACCAUGCCUACAGCACGAAUUCGCAUCAAAAGAUUUGAACUUGCAUAUCACACAAUGUUUUCUUAYUAUUAUCCCGCCAAGCGCGCUAGUCCCACGCACUGACAAUUUAGAAAAACGUUUUUAGAGAAACGUUUACACCGAAUAUCAUUCUCCGACGCGUUAUAACAGCUGUAUUCACACGAAGCAAGAAAUGUUGUUUAUGGCGCUUGUAAAGUGAUCUCUGUCCAAAGAAAAACUGUUGUAUGUGUUUCAGGCUUGCUUUAAAUGACAUAAUUCGUGUCGUGCACGCAUGGUGCUCCCAGUUGUGUUGAAUACGACAGUUUAGACGUGAUUUUACGUGCAUGGGGUAUGUUCUGGGGGCCUCUUUAUUGGAUAAAAUCAGAAAAACUGAAAAAUUACCAAUGAARCCAUAUUGAMAUCGCCWUUCAAACCAUAAGARAUCGCCAAGAUUAGUUGUAUCGUCUCCAUUGAAGUUCCGCCUUAUCUAUCUCUUUGAAAAACUCUUAUCAUUAACGAAAAAUGUUUAUCACUUUCUGUACGAUAUGAAAAAAUAUUCUAAUAACGCAUUUUCUUAAAGGGGAACUAAAAAUUUACAUGAAAAUUAACACUUUAAGAUACAAAACAAAACUUCAAUAGUGAACAAACAAACUCAAAGAAGUGGAAAAAUUUCAGGAAGUAAGGUAAACCUUAAAUAAAUCUAUGACUACAACAAUUGAAAGUGG